UGAGUUGACUCAUCAGCUGCCACCGCCUCUUUUUGCUUGUUAACUUAUUGUCAAUUGGAAACAUUUUCAUUUAACAUUUUAAUUAAAUCGAUUCUCUUCCUAUUCCUCUCUUGGUUCUUAUGUUACUGUAACAAUUAUCUACUUAAUAUUCAUCUUAUAUUCACUCCUGAAGGUCCGAUAACAUUGAUCCUUAGGGUAUCAUCAUCAUCUUCAUCUUCAUCUUCAUCGUGUCUGUAACUCAACAUUCAUUUGAUUUGAAACCCAAAAUGGCUAAUGAGGAAUACGAAAGGAUCCUUUUGGUUAAAAGCGAGGUUUUGUUUUUCAAAAUUCCUCCAAGAACAACUAAUCGAGCUGUAAGAGCUUCAGAUUGGAAAUUAGAUGCUCCUGAUUGGACUUGUCGCAUGAAAUUGGUUGCGAAAGGUGACAAAUGUAUUCUCAAGGCUGAGGACAAGACCAGUGGUCAAUUGUUUGCCAAAUGUCCGGUGGAUGGAUACCCAGGGCCUGCAGUCGAACCGGUUUCCGAUUCAAGUCGCUAUUUUGUCAUUCGAGUUCAGGAUGACAACGGAAGAUCGGCUUUUAUUGGAAUGGGUUUUGCGGACAGGGGAGAUUCGUUUGAUUUCAAUGUUGCUCUUCAGGAUCAUUUCAAAUUGGUUGAAAAGCGGAGUAAAUUGGAGCAAGAAGAUGCAUCCGGAGAUAAUCAGCCCAAACUGGACUUGAAAUUUAAAGAAGGAGAAACAAUCAAAGUUAAUCUGAAUAUCUCAAAAAAAUCAGGGUCUGCGUCUAAAGCUAAAAGUAAAGUGUCUUCUGGCCCAAUAGGUAUUCUACCUCCUCCUCCGGGUGGAAUUAAGAUUCCAGGCCCGCCGGGUAAUAACAGCACCAUCACUACAACCAACUCCAGUUCUAAACCAGUAUUCAGUGAAUCAUCUGCUUCUGAUUCUUUGCUUCAAACUUCCUCGAAAGAGGAUAAUGAUCUGCUUGAUGAUUUUGACAGUUUAAGUCUCUCUCGCUCAUCGGCUCCAUCAACUGUCCAACAGGACAUCACAAAGAUAUUUGAUUCUAACAGUAAACCAAACAACGAUUUGUGGGCUGAUUUUGAAGGAACCUCCGAUACGAAUACAGCCAAUACCACGACUGGUGUUGACGUGAAUCAACAGUCAUCCAAUAAUUGGGCCAGUUUCUGAUGAACACGACAUAAUAAGCGCACAUUUGAAGGCAGAAACGCUUCUCAACUCACUUACAAUGCAAUAACUUCGAUACUUAUUAUUACCUGUUCUCAAUCACUUUCAGCUGAAUUCAAUCAUUGAUUAACUUUUUCUUUUUCUCUAUUUGGUAACUUAAUCUUUUAUUCCAAAGUUUAGAUGAUGAAGAUGAAUCAAUCCGAAGAAUACAUUACAUUAAUAGUAAUCGAUAAUUAACCGGCAACACAAUUGGAUAAAUUCUAUAGAUUGAUAAGGAAAAACUAAUAUUCAACUCGUUGAUUAACUAAUCAACUUCUGUUACUCUUCUUCUUCUUAAUUAACUAUUAUGAUCUUCAUGUUAUUUUCAAUCUUCUUCAAACAUUCACAUGUACUAAUGUUGAUUUAAUACUAGUUCUUAUUGAACGAAACAAAUGAUUUAUUUUCUUGGGAUUCCAAUUGGAUUAAUAUUUAUUUUAACAAACAAAA